AUGGGGAGCAUCAACACUGCGUCUGCAAAAAUUCUCAUCACCGGCGCUGCAGGCUUCGUUGGCCAGGCGUUGGCGCCCAGCCUGACCCAAGACCCAGCUGUAGAGAGCAUCGCCUUGACCGACAUAACACAGCCAGCCUUGCCGGCUGUUGCCAAGGACACGACAUGCCGCAUCACGAGCUUUGCUGCCGAUUUCAUUUCCCUAGCCACUUGCGAAAAGGUCGUCUCGGCGGAGUUCACCCAUAUCUAUCUUCUGCAUGGCAUCAUGUCGGGCGCGGCAGAGGCCAACCUGGAUCUCGGAUUGAAAGUCAACGUCGAUUCUAUGAGGUAUAUCAUCGAUGUGUUACGCCGGCAUCACCGACCAAAGCCAGUCCGUAUCAUCUUCCCAUCCAGCCUCGCCGUCUUCGGACCUCCUGGACAAGGUGAAGUGGUGACCGAGAAUACAAUGCCAAUUCCAAGGUCCUCGUAUGGCACGGAAAAGGCCAUGGUCGAACUGCUACUCAAUGACCUCUCACGGCGAGGCCUCGUUGAUGCAAGAAUUCUGCGGCUUCCCACAAUAAUCGUGCGACCCGGCAAACCGCCGGGAGCUGCUUCAUCAUUCUGCUCGGGGAUCAUCAGAGAGCCUCUCAAUGGCAAACCCUCCAUCCUCCCGGUACCGAGGGCUCUCAAACUCUGGGUGUGCCCAGCUCGCACUGUGAUCAGGAAUCUCGUUGCCGCCAAAGACAUUCCAGAAGCGAGGUUCAUCGGCAGUUGCAUCGUCAACCUCCCAGGACAGACCGUCACCGUUGACGAUAUGCUACAGGGGCUACGAGACGUUGGUGGUCAGAAAGCUCUCGGUCUGAUACAGGAACAGUAUGACGAGAAGGUGGCCAGUAUCGUUGGGUCAUGGCCAGCUGUGUUUGACACCGAGAAAGCCAUCGAUCUGGGCUUUCAUCCUGAUGUUGGCCUUGGGCAAACGUUGAAAGAUUACAUUGAAGACUACAUGCACUAG